CAUCCGCAAAACCUAAAAGCAAAUUGAACAGGUUUUAGUCUGAGACUUGAACUUCGAAGGGUUCUGCGAGAAGCGAAGAAGCGAGGAGGAGCCGCCAUAACACCUCAGAGAUGCCUAAAUCGAAGCGUAACAGACCUGUCACAUUAUCGAAGACUAAGAAGAAGGGAAGGGGGCACAAAGAAUCAAUCGUGAAUUCGAUAAGGGAUGCAGUAGAAAAAUUCAACUCUAUCUAUCUUUUCUCUUUUGAGAAUAUGAGAAAUCAGAAGUUCAAGGAGUUUAGAGAGCAGCUUAAGUCUACCAGCAGGUUUUUCCUUGGAUCCAACAAAGUGAUGCAAGUUGCUUUAGGCAGAUCUUUUGCUGAUGAAAUAAGGCCUGGCAUUCACAAAGUCUCUAAGCUAUUGCGGGGAGAUACUGGGCUUUAUUUCACUAAUUUGCCAAAAGAAGAGGUCCAAAGAUUGUUUGAAGAAUAUGAAGAAUAUGACUUUGCAAGGACGGGAACCACAGCUACGGAAAAGGUGGAACUCAAAGAAGGGCCUCUAGAUCAGUUCACACAUGAGAUGGAGCCAUUUCUUCGCAAGCAAGGGAUGCCUGUACGAUUGAACAAAGGUGUGGUGGAGCUUGUUUCUGACUUUGUUGUAUGUGAAGAAGGAAAUCCUUUAUCACCUGAGGCAGCUCGCAUACUGCGUCUGCUUGGGAUUAAGAUGGCUACAUUCCGCCUUCAUCUAAUCUGCCUGUGGAGCCCAGAUAAUUUUGAAUUAUAUAAAGAAGGGCUGGAUUUUUCAGAUGUUGAAUCUUCAUAGGCCCCUGCGCGCUGCGGGUAUGUGUGCGAGCUGCGGGUAUGUGUAAACACUAAAGAUGUUCAUGCACCUGAACUGUAUGAAUGGUUAUAGGUAAUACUAGCAUGAUAGGUUGGGGGAUGUUGGGUGCUAGAUUGAGUCUGGUUGAAAAUUUGUUUUUCUGCCUUUGCUUGCCCCUGUGCUUAGGCCUUGUAAUGUACUGAGAUUGAGAGGUAAACUAACAUCUUGUUCACAAAACUUAUUUUGGUUUUCAUGAGCGGAGUAGUUACUUUU